UGGACAGGGAUUUCCUCCUCUGCCCUUGGUAAAAAGAAUUUUGGUGUUCUGGCAGAAUUCUGUCUAAAUAGUUCUCAAAUAGAAGAUGAAUGAUGUCAAAGGCAGAAUGUGAUUUCAGCUAGAAGAGAGACAAAUAACUUCCAAAGUUGAAGGAACUUUGUAAACUCUUCGGAGAGACAGGUGUUGGCCACAAGAGACACUUCAUGGGAUUUUGGAAGCCAGCAGUGAAGCAGAAGUCAUAUCUUUCACCCUCUGAAGCUCAGUGCAGGAUGCUAGGCAGGCCCAAGUUUCUGGUGACAGCCCCGGGGAUCAUCAGGCCUUGAAGAAACGUGACUAUUGGGGUGGAGCUUCUUGAACACAGCCCCUCACAGGUCACUGUGAAGGUGGAGCUGGUCAAGAUGUCAGCCAACCUCAUUGUCUCUGUGCUGGAAGCAGGAGUCAUCUUUGAAAAAGGACCCCGAGUCAAAUUUGAUCCAACAGUCAGAAGAAAGUGAUCUUGGAGUCGUUCCCAAAACUUCCCAGUUAUCUUCCCAUCCAGUACUUGGUGACUGGUCCAUUCAAGCUCAAGUAAAUGAUGACUUCACACCACUGUUACUUGCUGUAAGUGAAAACAAAGAGCCCCGUCGACCUGCCACCCUGUCGACCCGCCGCCCGGCCCCGCUUGGCCCGCCAGGCCCCACUCAGGCCACAUCCCGAGCAGCAGGAGCCCCAGCCUGAGGGUCUGCGCUGCUGGGGGUGGGGGUGGGGGCUGCGCAUGCGCGGACACGGGAGCGCGCCCAGAGCCUAUGGAAGCUGGGCGGGAGCCCGGUGCUCCUGGACCAGCUUUGGAGGAAGAAGACGGCCUGGGGACUGGGCCGUCGCUUGCCAUUGCCUCCCCUGCUGCCGCUGGCGCCGGAAAGGAACCUGUGUCCCUGAAGUGUGGUAAAGCUGCAGAGCUGGUUGCUACUCACUUUUCUAAACAGAUUGAAACAGUCCUUAAAAAACUUCAGAGAAGAUGUCCUUGUAAAUCAGGAAUUGCUGCAAACGUCUCCAUGUGUCGCAGAGCCGUUCACUGAGCUGUUGUGUCCAUUCAGCCCCAACCGGGUUAUAGAGAUGCUGCCAGGCCUGGAGUGCUGCCGCCUGGAAGAAAGCAUUCAGAUUACUCAAGUAUCAGCUUCAUGAGGUCACUGCCUAACUAUUUGAGAAGAAAGGAGAUAUUCAUGGUGCCUUUUUAAUAAUGCUAGAGGAGAGAGAGGGCAAGACGAGGAGAGGGCAGGCCUGGGGAGGGCAGGCAAAGGACAUGGCAGGCCCAGGAAAGGGCAGGCCCAGCGCCAGCGCUGAGAUUGGGAGGUGGCAAGAGACCAGGAGGGAAGUGAGCGGUGUCGGAAGGCGAUAAGCCAGAUGAAGAAGAGACUCACUGAGUUCGCGAGCUGUGUGGGCUUCAGCAUCCAUCAGAGAGAGCGCAGGAAUUGUGAGAACCCCGUGCCUGGGUAUCACGUCCGUAAGCGUGAACUAACUCCGUUCCACAAAGCCGCAUAUUUUGGUCAUCUGGACACAGCGGAGGUGUUGCUGUUAUAUAACGAAAAUGUUGUAGACAGCAGAGACAGGAAGAACAGGACUGCCCUACACUUGGCCUGCACCACCGGCCAGUCAUCAGUGGUGAGUCUCCUCAUACAUUGGGAUUGUAAUCUGAAUGCUCGUGACAAGGAAGGCAAGACAGCUCUCAUCAAGGCUGUACAAUGCCAGAAAGAAGUAUGUGUCACUGUCCUGCUGGAAUACAGAGCUGACCCAAAUCUUGAGGACAACUGUCAAAACACUGCUCUGCAUUACGCUGUCUUGGCUGGAGAUAUAUCAAUUGCAGCAAAGCUGCUCCGCUAUAAUGCAAAUAUCGAGGCGACAGACAAGUAUAAUUUCACACCACUUUUACUCGCCAUCAGGGAGAACAAAGAAGAAAUGGUCAAAUUUUUGAUAGAGAACGGGGCAAAUGUACAUGCAGUCGACAAGCUGCAAAGAUCAGCGCUCACGCUUGCUGUGUUUCAUGACUCACCGGACAUAGUCAAGCUGCUGCUUCAGAAGCAUGUUAAUGCCAGUUCUCGAGAUUUACAGGGAUGGUGUCCUGAACAAUAUGCUCGUUUUAACGGUUUUAAACACGUUGGUACUAAAACUAGUUUUAACAGGAUCUCCUUGGCAGCUGAGUCUGGAGUCUGGAUGUUGCUCUCUAAAGACCUUUAAUAAAACUUUAAAAGAAGAAAAGGAAAAAGAAACUGGUC